AAGAAAUACGUGUCAAAUAUUUUUCAUAGUUCUACAAAUUUGCAAAGUUUCAUUCAAAUCGGUGAGUCACACCUCCGUAGGUUUACUUGUCAGUGAAAAUGUCAGGACUGAAAAGGACAUAUAAAAAUAUCAAAGAUCAAAAUAAUAAGAGUGGUAACUCGCAAACAUCAAGGUCAUUUUUUUCGACGAUGGAAUCUCUGCUCGGAGAUAAGGCUUCCAUAAAAGCACCUGCAAUUGCAACCAGUGACGGUCCAGAGCCGCCGACAGAAAGCUUGUCGUCUCCAACUCCAUUGUCAUCAAAACGAGCAUCAUCACUUGAAUUUGACACGAGAAAACUUAUGAAGAAAAAGCGAGUUGAAGAUAUAGAAAAUUUUAUAAAAGACACGAAAGAAGAAAGAAAAAAACGAGAAAAGGAAAACAGAGAGCGAGAGAUCAAUCGAGAAAGAAGAUACAAUGAAAAAAAGGAAAAAAGCAAAAAAAGACAUGACGACAACAUGAAAAUACAAAAAUCUUUGAUUGCAAUAUUGCAAAAAAUGGUUGACAAGAAAUCAUAG